AUGAAUAAUUUAAACGCGUCCAAUGGCUGGACUACACGGCUAAACUAUGCUUCCAUUUUACUCGUACUUAUCCUUGCCAUCUUCAUUGACUCAAGCAAUGGUCAACAAAGAUAUCCAGAUUCCGGUCCUGUAACACCACCACCCGGCUAUGCAUUUGCACCCGGCUAUGGUUCAGACCCACAUCAACCACAACGAAAUGGCAGUGGUGGCGGUUGUGACAAUUGUAAUCAACCAUGUUUUUGUAUAGCACAAAAAGGAGAUCAAGGUCCAGCUGGUCCAAUGGGUCCUGCUGGUAAUAGAGGAUCAAGUGGUGUUCCCGGCCCUGAAGGACCUGAAGGUCUUAAGGGAGAAAAAGGUGAACGAGGUUUACCAGGUUUACCAGGUCAAAAAGGUGACAGAGGACGAUCUGGCGAACCCGGCAUGCCUGGACAUCCUGGUUUACCCGGUCUUCCAGGUCCAAAAGGACCAAGCGGUUUACCUGGUCGUGAUGGAUGCAAUGGAACAAAGGGUGAUUCUGGUCGACCUGGAUUUAACGGACAGCCUGGUCGCCCUGGUGAACCUGGUAUUCCCGGACAACGAGGUCCAAAAGGUGAACCUGCACAAGCUUUACCUGGAUUCAAAGGCGAAAUCGGACCCCCAGGUGCUCCCGGUCUUCCCGGUGCUGCAGGUUCUUCUGGUAGUGCUGGUAUUCCUGGAGCUCCAGGCCCUGUUGGCUUCCCUGGUCGAGCUGGUCUUAAAGGUGAUCGCGGUGAUGCAGGUCUUCCAGGAAGUCCCGGUGCUGGAUUCAGUGGUUCAAAAGGUCAAAAAGGAGAGCCAGGAUCAUCCGCUCCCUAUUCCGGUCCACAAAGUCAAGAAGUACAAGGUAACUUCAGUUUUGUUCCAAUAUCGACUCCUGGUGCUCCUGGUCCAAAAGGUGCUAUGGGAUCUAAAGGUGAACCCGGUGAAAUUGGUUAUCCAGGUGCCCCCGGCUCCGCUGGACCACCAGGCUUAUCCGGUGAAAAGGGUGUGCCAGGCCCCGUUGGACCACGAGGUGCAACUGGUUUACCUGGUCAAGCUGGUUUCCCUGGUCAAGCAGGAGAUCGUGGUAGUCCUGGUUAUCCUGGUCAAUCUGGUAGUCCAGGUAGAGCUGGUCAAAAUGGUUUACCAGGAGACAAAGGUGAUCGUGGUUUUCCUGGUAUGCCCGGCAUGUGUUUACCUGAAGGAGGUGAUAGUGCAUCACCCGGACAACCAGGCCCAGUUGGACCUAAAGGAGAACAAGGUCCACCCGGUUCCGCAGGUUUUCCCGGUGCUCCCGGUCUACCCGGUCCACUAGGCCCAAAAGGUGAUCGUGGUUUUGAUGGUGCACCUGGUAGCCCUGGUCAACCUGGACGUGAUGGUAUCAAAGGAGCUACAGGAGACAGUGGACGCCCUGGUGAUCCUGGUGCAUCUGGAUUUCCUGGUCCACAAGGUUAUCGUGGAACGAAAGGUGAACCAGGUCCAAAAGGCGAUCCCGGUCGUUCAAUUCCCGGUCCAGCCGGUACCGAUGGUUUUCCAGGUCAAUCUGGUCUUCCAGGAGCAAAAGGUGAACGUGGUCUACGUGGUUUUCCCGGUCUACCUGGUAAUUCGACAACUGGUCUUGGUUUACCUGGCCCUCAUGGACCUGUCGGUCCACCAGGUAGUCCAGGUGCCCCUGGUUUUCAGGGUGUCGCUGGUAUGAAAGGAGCCAAAGGUGACCGAGGUCUUGAUGGUGUUUGUGGUGCUCGUGAUGGUUUGAAAGGAGGCAAAGGUGAACCUGGCUAUCCAGGCGAAGCUGGAACACCUGGCCAACGUGGUACUUCAGGAGAAAAAGGUGACCGAGGUGAUGUUGGUCCACAAGGUUAUCCUGGUAACAUUGGUUCAGCUGGUGCUCCAGGUCGAAAUGGUAUGGAUGGUGAGGCAGGUUCUAAAGGAGACAAAGGUGAACCAGCUCGUGCUCCAACAAGUCAAGGCAUGUCAGGAGAAAAAGGAACACCAGGUCUUCCCGGCUUGAAAGGUGAUCGUGGAGCUAAAGGUGCAGCAGGUUAUAGUGGUCGUGAUGGUCAAUCAGGUGCCAUUGGUCCCAUGGGACCUAAGGGUGAUGCUGGCUAUCCAGGACAACCAGGCCCACCAGGUAGUCCAGGUCCAAUGGGUGACAUUGGUCCACCAGGUGUUACACUUCCCGGUGAAAAAGGUGAAAAGGGUAUUCCAGGCCCAGUUGGUAUUCCCGGUCCACAAGGUACCCCAGGUGCCAAAGGUGAACCAGGUCGUGCAGCACCUUCAAGCAUAUCAUCUAUGCCAGGUCCACAAGGUGAAAAAGGUGAUCGUGGAAAUUCAGGUUUGCCAGGAGCUCCAGGACUUCCAGGUCCAAAUGGUUUAUCAGGAUUACCAGGAUCUGCUGGACUUAGAGGAGAACCAGGCCAAUCAGGUCUUCCAGGUCUUCCAGGACCAAAAGGCAUCACAGGUUAUCGUGGGGAGCCAGGUAUGGCUGGUCGUGAUGGGUUACCAGGUCUUCCAGGGUCUAAAGGAUUCGAUGGAGCACCAGGUUUACCAGGUCGUGCAGGAGAAAAAGGUGAAGCAGGUCUUCCAGGACCAGGAUUUCCAGGAGCACCCGGCCCAGUUGGACCUGCUGGUGAACGUGGAUUUCCAGGUUUACCUGGACCAGCUGGUGAAAGUGGAUUACCAGGCAUGAAAGGAGAAUCAGGCUUCCCAGGUGCUAAUGGACUUCCAGGACCCGUCGGUAUGAAAGGUGAAAGAGGCGAACCAGGUUUCGGUGGACAAAAAGGUGAUCAAGGUGCACCGGGUAGUCCGGGUACUGAUGGUUUGCCAGGUCUUCCAGGACCACAAGGUCCACCAGGCAACCCAGGUUUAUCAGGAGAAAAAGGUUUUGGUGGUUUACCAGGACCAAGUGGAAAACCAGGCCUCCCAGGUCUACCAGGUGCCAAAGGUGAACGUGGCUAUAAUGGUGCACCAGGAUUGAAUGGUGCACCAGGCCCAUCAGGUGAAAAAGGUGUUCCAGGCUUUCCAGGACCAUCAGGACAAAGUGGUUUACCAGGCAUGCCGGGCUCCUCAGGACACAAGGGUGACCGAGGUCACCCUGGCUUACCAGGACAAUCAUGUACAUCAUGUGCAGCAGGUCAACGUGGUGAUCGAGGCUUUCCAGGCACACCCGGUUUAGCAGGUCCAAAAGGAGAACCAGGUUUCUCAGCCGCACGUGGAGCUCCAGGCGAACGUGGCCCAAGUGGUCUUCCGGGCGCCCCAGGUCUUCCAGGAGCAGCAGGCAAAGAUGGCAUGCCAGGUCUCCCAGGUGCUAAAGGUGAAUCAGCUAUUGGCCAAACAGGUAUAAAAGGUGCUAUUGGUGAACCAGGCUUCCCAGGCCCAGCGGGAAUAGCAGGCGCACCAGGUGAACGUGGAUUUCCAGGUGCCAAUGGAUUACCUGGUCUUUCCGGUGAACGAGGUUUACCAGGUUCUUCAGGAUCACCAGGCGCUCCGGGACUUCCAGGUGGAGCUGGACUUAAAGGUGAUCAAGGAUUCAGUGGAUUGCCUGGAUCAAAAGGAGAACCAGGUCAACCAGGUUUUAAUGGACCAUCGGGCAUGAAUGGUCUUCCGGGAGCCAAAGGUGACGCGGGUCAUCCAGGUCGUGAUGGUGGUGUCGGUAUGCCAGGUCUUAAGGGUGAACGUGGUCUUAACGGGCUUCCAGGUGCUCCGGGUGCUAAAGGUGCUGCAGGUUUUUCAGGUUUACCAGGUGCACCAGGUCUUUCUGGCCCAUCAGGUGCUCCAGGCAUGAAUGGACUUCCAGGCCAAAAGGGUGAUGCUGGUUUACCAGGUUUACCAGGCUCAAAUGGUCAACCGGGAUCGAUGGGUCAACCUGGUCUUCCCGGAGAUAGUGGUUUGCCAGGUCUUUCGGGUCAAAAGGGUGAACCAGGUUAUGCUUCUGCUGGACAGAAAGGUGAAGCCGGUCCAAGUGGUCGCGAUGGUAUGCCAGGUCUUUCAGGAGAGAAAGGAAACGUGGGAUUAAAUGGAGCUCCUGGUAUGCCCGGUCGUGAUUGUGAUAGAGCUGUGCCAGGUCAAAAAGGUGAUGCCGGUGUACCAGGCCUUCCAGGUCAACCAGGUUUACAAGGUCAACCGGGCUCUGUAGGCAAAGAUGGUCUUCCGGGCGCUCCUGGUCUCCCUGGCCUACCAGGUCCAAAAGGAUUUGAUGGAGCACCAGGUAGAAAUGGUUUACCAGGUCUUCCAGGUGAUCGCGGUUUUGCUGGAAUGCCAGGUCAACCUGGUUUAUCUGGAGAAAAAGGAACUCCCGGAUUCCCAGGCAGUUCAGGUCUUCCCGGAGCCAAAGGUGAUCGUGGUUUUGAUGGACGUCCCGGUAGUGAUGGCAUGCCAGGUGGACCCGGUCCACGAGGUGAUUGUCUCCCAGGACCAUUAAAUAUGGGUCGACCAGGUGACAAAGGUGAUCAAGGUCUUCAAGGAUUACCAGGUUCACCAGGAUUUCAAGGUCAACCAGGCCAGCCAGGCGUACGAGGAGAAAAUGGUCCACCAGGUCAACCUGGCCAACCCGGAUUACCAGGUUAUGUUGGACCUAAAGGUGAACGUGGUACACCAGGUAUUCCAGGUGUUAGCGGUAUUUCUGGUCCACCAGGUGCAAGUGGUCCUCCAGGUCCACCAGGUCCAGGCCUUCAACGAACUGGCUUCAUGGUUGUUCGCCAUUCGCAAUCAUCUCAAGUACCAGAUUGUCCAUCAGGCAUGGUUAAACUAUGGGAUGGUUACAGUUUACUUAUGAUGCAAGGCAACGAUCAUGGUUAUCAUCAAGAUCUUGGCUCGGCUGGUUCAUGUCUACAGAAAUUCUCUGCAUUACCCUAUUUACGUUGUGAUCAUACCAAUGUUUGUUAUUAUGGUCAAACAAAUGAUUUAACAUACUAUUUAUCAACAACAGAACCAAUGCCAAUGAUGCCUGUUCAACGUGAACAAAUUCGACCCUAUAUUUCACGUUGUGCUGUAUGUGAAGCACCUGCUAAUGUUAUGUCAUUCCAUAGUUUAUCGAUGACACCACCACCAUGUCCAAAUGGUUGGAAUAUUCUUUGGCAAGGUUACAGUUUUGUUAUGCAUCUCGGUCGUGGUGCACAAGGAGGUGGUCAAUCAUUGGCGAGUGCAGGCUCAUGUUUGGAAGAUUUCCGUGCAACACCAUUCAUUGAAUGUUCUGGUACAGAUGGCAAUUGCAUGUACUAUGCAAAUAAAUUCAGUUAUUGGAUGACAGUUAUCGAUCAAAACAAUCAAUUUGAAGUACCACGUCAAGAAACAUUGAAAUCUGGCAAUCACAGAAAUAAGAUCAGUCGUUGUACGGUUUGUCUGAAGACUCAGCAAGGUGCUGGUCAAGGUGGUUAUCAAAAUGGCAACUACUACGUGGGACAAACGUUGAAAAAACUUUAG